GCCCCGGGCGCGCUUCCUCCCCCCCCCCCCACCCGUCCGGGCGAGGAUGGUGGGCGUGAAGGUGAUCGCCAACGACGCCGAGUUCCAGCCCGAGCUCAGCGCCGCCGGCUCCCGCUUGGCCGUGGUCAAGUUCACCAUGCGGGGGUGUGGGCCCUGCCUGAGGAUAGCUCCAGCCUUCAAUUCUCUCAGCAACAAAUACCCCCAGGCCACCUUCUUGGAGGUGGAUGUGCACCAGUGCCAGGGCACAGCUGCCACCAACAACAUCUCUGCCACCCCGACCUUCCUCUUCUUCCGCAACAAGGUGAGGGUCGACCAGUACCAGGGGGCAGAUGCUGUGGGGCUGGAGGAGAAGAUCAAGCAGCACCUGGAGAACGACCCUGGCAGCACUGAGGACUCAGACAUCCCCAGGGGCUAUAUGGAUCUGCUGCCCUUCAUCAACAAGGCAGGCUGCGAGUGCCUGAACGAGAGCGACGAGCACGGCUUCGACAACUGCCUGCGCAAGGACUGCUCCUACCUGCAGUCCGACUGCGACGAGCAGCUGCUGAUCACUGUGGCUUUCAGCCAGCCUGUCAAGCUCUACUCCAUGAAACUGCAGGGACCAGACAAUGGCCAGGGGCCCAAGUCCAUCAAGAUCUUCAUCAACCUGCCUCGCUCCAUGGACUUCGAGGAGGCAGAGCGGAGCGAGCCCACCCAGGCCCUGGAGCUGAGCCCCGAGGACAUCCGGGAGGAUGGCAUCGUCCCGCUGCGCUACGUCAAGUUCCAGAACGUCAACAGCGUCACUCUGUUUGUCCAGUCCAACCACGGAGACGAGGAGACCACGAGGAUCUCCUACUUCACCUUCAUUGGGACCCCAGUGCAGGCCACUAACAUGAAUGACUUCAAGAGAGUGGUUGGCAAGAAAGGAGAGAGCCACUAGGCUGGAGGCAGGCGGCUGGAAGGGCCUCCCUGCAGCCCAGGAGGAUCUCCACUUCUCUCUCCCCACGCCUGGAACCCUGUGGCUCGGAGCCAGAGCGAGAGGACUGCUCCCAGCCUGGGCCCCCUUCCCCCUCGCUGCCCCCAGGAGGCAAAUCCUUCCUCCUGGGCUCGAGGUUUGGCUUCUGGGCUCGAGGUGGAGGUCGGGGCCUGGUCUCCCUCCUCCUUUCCCACCCCUCCUGGUGGCUUUCCCUUCGGAGCCCUCCUGCCCCUGGGAGUUGUAAAUAAAAUCCAUCACUUUUGC